UGUAUAAAGUCAAGUGCAUUUGCUAAGGAGUGGUGUGGUAAUUUGUAUAUGAUGAUUGUUCCACGUGGAAUAAAGAGGCCAGCACUAGUACCACCAGUACUACCUCUUUAUAUUGGUUUCUUGUCUAGUUAUUGAAUAAUACAUGGUACCAGGAGUGGGGUUUGAAGAACGCCAUGGACGCAAUUAAACCACCGGGCUCUUUGAAGUUGUGUGGAAAUGUUGACGCAAAUUGGCGGACUUUCAAACAACAGUUUACGCUGUAUGUUUUAGCUAUUGGCCAAGCAGAAGCUGCAGAUGAAAGGAAGAUUGCUAUGUUACUUACUAUUGCUGGAGUAGACGCUGUGGAAGUAUACAACACCUUUAAUUUUGAAGAUGAGGCAGAUAAGAAGAAACUGGAUAAGGUAUUGGAAAAAUUUGAUGCUCAUUGCUUGUCAAAGAAGAAUGAGACAUAUGAGCGAUAUGUAUUUCGAACGCGAAUGCAGCAAGAAGGAGAGAUUUUAGACCUUAAGAUAAAGGCAAAAACCUGUGCUUUUAAUGAAUUAAGAGAUUCCAUGAUUCGUGAUCAGAUUGUUUUUGGCAUAUGUGAUAAGAAAGUGCGAGAAAGAUUGCUACGAGAGUCUGAACUCACCUUGGAUCAUGCUGUUGAAUUGUGCCAGUCCAGCGAAUUAGCGAGACAGCAAGUGAUGCAGUUUGAUGUUUCUUCAGCGAUGUCCUCUCCGAAUGCAGCCGCAGCCAUCGAUGCCAUAUCUUUCAGAGACAAGAAACGAGAGAUAACCUUCUUAGGUAACAAGCUGUCUGCAAAAGGUGUGGAACCAGAUCCAGCUAAAGUACAAGCCCUCUUGGAAAUGCCUCCACCUAAUGACAAGAAGGGAGUUUUACGUGCCUUAGAUCUCUACAGAUGCCUCUCAGGAUGGACUAGGAGCUGUGCUUCUUCAGGCUGGUGGAGAUUCCUGGAAACCUGUGGCCUAUGCUUCUCGAUCCCUGACGGAAACUGAAAAAAGGUACUCCCAAAUUGAAAAGGAGACUUUGGGGGUACUAUUUGGCUGUGAGAAAUUUCAUGGAUAUGUUUAUGGAUUACCUACUUUUACAGUAGAGACAGAUCAUAAACCAUUAAUAUCGAUAAUUCAAAAGAACUUAAAUGAUAUGUCACCCAGAAUUCAACGCAUGAUGAUGAAAUUGCAAAGAUAUGAUUUAAAUCUAGUGUAUACACCUGGGAAGCAUAUCAUUGUGGCUGAUGCACUGUCACGAGCACCAAUGUCAGAGAGCAGUCACCUCAGUGAAGAAGUGGAAGGACAUGCGAGUACAGUGAUUAUCU